UUUAUCUUGCUGCAUGCUGGGAAUUGUAGUCCUAUAUUCUCCCAGUGCUUUUAUUUUCUGCAUUAGUCGUACAUUAAAUUAACUUCUGUUUAUUAAUGAAUACGGAUUCUGUAAACCAUCCCCUUUUUGGGGGCGCUUUCUCCACCGUGCUUCCGCCUUUUGUCCAAGAUGUUAGUGACCUGCGUGAAAUCCCGGAUAAUCAGGAGGUUUUUGCUCACUCGUGCACAGAUCAGAGCAUCAUUGUGGAACUUCUUGAAUAUCAGGAAGGGGUAUCUGAUACAGAAGCUGCCAGAUACCAUUUUGAAGAUGUGGCUUCCAGUAAUGAUGCAGAUGGGAAAUCAGAGGUUCUAAGUGUUCAGCCUCUGCCUUUGGCUCAGUUAUCUCUUACCAGCUGCACCAAUGCUUGGGCCCUGACCGGUCGACAACUGGUUGCUAAAUUCAACGAGCAGGCUUGUAACUUAGUCAACAUGCACCUGGCUUUGUUCCGACUUCCCCAGUAUUCAACAGACCUUCUGGUGACAUUCAACGAUCCUAUUGCUGUUAAUCCAGAUAGCAGUAGUGCCGUAAAUGGAUCUACUGAAACUUCUCCCACUCCAUGGACGUUGGAAGACUUCAACAAGUUCCUGUGCAAUUUGCAGCUUCAUAACCCAGACAUCUUUGGCUGAACUUCUACUCAAGGAUCAAUACUAUCUAUCUUUAUACCAUAAGUACAGGAACACAGUGAAAGAGUCAAGAACUUUUGUGGAAACAGUGACAUUAGAGUAGAUAAGGAUAAAAGGCAGAACUCGAUGGCCAUGGGGAACUAAAACAAUUGAUAUGGAAAUAUUUGGAGGUUAAGACACAGCUGAAAGGUAGAGGUUGGGAAAACAACAUCUAAUACAUGUAAAGGUUGGGGAACCUAAUAUGAAAAUACAGAACCUGUUAGACUGAUGGAUAGUAGUAAUGUAAAUAUUGUAUGUAAAAAUAAAACUACUUUUCUAUACCUA